AUGCUUCUGAAGUUUGGGAAAAAGAGUCACAGCCCGACUACACGCAACACGGAAACAGAUAAUGUCAGCGUUGGUGGUUAUGAGGUAGAUGAGAUUGGAACUAACAGUUCCUCUAAUGAAGGAACUGCUAUCAAAAAGAAGAUAACUCGAUUCGAAAUGCAUCAAGCUCUGAAAUUGCAACGCGGAGAGAUUUCACAACGCAGUGUGUACAACCCUCUUGAUUUGUUCUCUGAAUCAAAGGAAAGAGUUCAUAAAGCUAUCAAAAAUCUCUUUACUACCCCUCAAAACAAUUUCCGUGUAUUUUUGAAUGGUUCUCUCACACUCGGAGGACUGGGAGGUGGUGCUGAAAGUUCAGAUGUAUGUAUGGCCAAAGUACUUGAAGAUGAACUUCACUCGGUCAUUCAAGCUGGCGAUGGCCAAUGUACAAAGAACUUAUUUACUCUUGUUACUGAAGCUGUGCAUAAAUCAGGAGUCCUUAAUCAGCUCCUGGAGAUUCAGAAGCUUGAUGCUUCAUUGGAUGAAAGCUUGAGAGUCGUGAAGGACUACCUGAUAGCAGCUACUGCAAAAGACUGCAGUUUGAUGUUAUGUUUUAAACCAAGGAAUGAGAAUGAUUCUGAUUCUGGAUCUUCCUACAAUACUGUAUAUCUUGAGUCAACUAAACAAGCCUUUGAUUAUAAGGUGCAUUUUAUCGACCUUGAUUUAAAGCGUUUGAAUAAAGUGGAAGACUACUAUGAGUUAGAUAAGAAUAUAGUGAGCUGCUACAAACAGAUGAACAAAAUAGAUGAUGGAAGAAAUGAAGAUGCAAAGUUGCAGGGACCUGAAGUUGCAAACUUGCAGGGAUCUGAAGUUACAAACUUGCAGGGGCCUAAAGUUGCAAAUUUGCAAGGACCUGAAGUUGCAUACUGA